AUGUUGGCAGCUUCUUCCAUGGAGAAAACUAGCUCAUCAAAGGUUCAGCUUCCUCAUGGUUUUAGAUUCCACCCUUCUGAUGAGGAGCUCAUAGUUCAUUACUUGAAGAACAAAGUGACUUCGAGUCCUCUUCCAGCUUCAAUUAUAGCUGAGAUAGAUUUAUAUAAAUAUAAUCCAUGGGAGCUUCCAAGCUUGUUUAUUUGUCAUAUAGGUAAAGCUUGGUUUGGAGAAGAUGAAUGGUUCUUUUUCUCUCCAAGAGACAGGAAGUAUCCUAAUGGAGCGAGGCCUAAUAGAGCGGCUGCUUCAGGGUAUUGGAAGGCGACAGGGACAGAUAAACCAAUCCUAACUUCCUGUGGAACCAAGAGUAUUGGAGUGAAGAAAGCUCUAGCAUUCUACAAAGGACGUCCUCCUAAAGGAAUCAAGACAGAGUGGAUCAUGCACGAGUAUAGACUGCUAGAAACCACGAUCUGGACUCCCAAGCGAAGAGGGUCUAUGAGGUUAGACGAUUGGGUGCUUUGUCGAGUGAGGCAAAAAAGCAGCAUACAAAGGAACAGUUGGGAAGAUAGAAACAUUAACAGUCAUGAACCGGAUAGCUAUCCCCCAAAACUGAAUAAGCCAUGGCCUUCAAACGCGAACUACAAUAUUGAGAUGGCCAAAAGCUAUCUAUGCAAUGACUGCCCCAUGUUACCUUACAUUUUUGCAUCUCAAGACCUUCCCUUCUUUGACACAACUUCGAGCAUUAGCUUUCAAAGCCGUGACAAAUCUUGCACUUCUGUCCAGGAGGCCAAUUCUGAUAAGGAUCUGCAGAUUUCAUUUUCAUCUCUUGAAAGCCUGUUUAACCCUGUGAAAAGAAAGUCCUUGGAAGCCAGUAACCAGGCCACAAGUUUUAUUCCACCAAGCAAGAAGCUCAUCAGGGAGGAUAAAGAGAAAACGGAAGUAAUAUCAGUAAGCGAUGAUUUCAGUGACAUGAACUUUUAUGGAACAGACCACUCCAAAGGCAACAAUUUUAGUCCAGAUCAAUGGAAUUCCAUCAUGCAGUCUCAAGAGCUUGAUCACCUGGAAUUCACGGAAACUGACUAGAUUCACAGGAUGGGAAAAACUACGUACCUAAAAUACAGAUUUGGUGAUUUGUUCAGUGUGUUGAGGUGUGCAGAUAUACAAAAAGUUUCUAAUUAUGGCACGGAUAGACAGAUUUGGUGAUUUACUUCAUCAGAUUAGUAGGGUGAUUGCGAGGCUUGAAGCCUUCAUGGAUAUUUAUUUUUGAAAUUUUUACGUUGUAUAAAUGUAUGUAGUACAAUAAGUACAUUUUGUAAAUCAAUAAAAGCCUUACGGGCUACACCAGAGCCCAGAUUUAAAGCUCUAUUCAUGUGUUCUGAAGAUGUAAAUUUAGAAAGCCUUGAUCUCUUGGUUAAAAGCAUUGUCGCUGUAAUUUACAAAGUGUUAGCAAAAUAAUAAUGUUCAGUUCUUAAAAAGCACUAUAUAUAUCGUUCAGGAAAUGUCGUUCAACCUAAUGCUGCAGAUGAUGCCUUAAACAGAGCCAUGAAAUCUUGUUUUCGGCCAACUCGUUUCAGUGGUAUUCUUAUACAAAAGUCUAUUUCCUGAAACAGAGAGGUAUGUUGGGAAGAAUACGUUCAAUUGUUAUUCAGAAAUUAAUUCCUUUCAUUUCAAUAGAAAAUUUGUAACUUUCUCUUUCU